GAGUGUAGAUAAACCCAGAACCACCGAGAAAGGCGCCGCGGAAGCUGUGACCUUCAAAACGCCACCGUUUCGUUCCAGGCUCAUGGCCUUCGCUUCGGCUCUCAACACUCCCAACGGCCUUCGCCGUCUACCGUCUUCCCGCCACGAAAUAACCCGAACCGGACCAGCCGCUCUGGUCCUGCCACGUCACCUCCCGGCUCGCUUCCCGUCCACACUCGCCCUCGCUCGCCGUAAAAACCACCGCGGCUCCGCGUUGACGUCAUCUCCGCCGAAGAUAAAGAAGAAAAGCGCGGCGAGGAAUGCGGAGGAGGAGGAUGAAGUGGACGGAGAUGCUAUAGACGCUUUGUUUUCGCUGCUGGAGGAGGACCUCAGAAACGACGGCGUGUCGUUGGAUGACGACGGCGAAGACGACGAGAUAAGUGAGGAGGAUCUUGCUAGGCUUGAAGAGGAGCUGGCGGAGGCUUUUGGUGCGAUUGAUGAGGAUGAAGACGAAGACGACGACGGCGAUGAUGACGUUAUUCAGAGCAAUGCGACUGAAGAAGAGGAGGAGGAGGAUGAGGACGAUGAAGUUGAAGUUGCAGUGAAGCUUAAGACUUGGCAAUUCCGGAGAUUGGCUUCGGCUUUAAAAGUCGGUCGCCGCAAAACUAGUAUAAAAAACCUUGCAGCUGAGCUUUGUCUUGACAGGGCCCUUGUUCUUCAAAUGCUUCGUGAUCCGCCUCCAAAUCUUUUGAUGCUUAGUGCUGCUCUGCCUGAUGCACCUGCUCCUAAAAAAUCUGUGCCUGUGCCUGAACCAGAGCCUGAAGAAACUAUUGUGGAAGCCACUGUAGACACUGUUGUUGAAACGGAUUCAGAUGCUGCAGUGGUCGAAGCUGCGGUGAAGGUGCCGGUUCAUGUUAGGCAACAAAAGUUUUCUGCUCAGAAGAGACUGAAGAAAGUGCAUCUAGAUACCCUUGAAAGAGUUUAUAGAAGAACAAAGCGGCCAACGAAUGCAAUUGUGAGCAGCAUUGUUCAUGUGACAAAUCUGCCGCGCAAAAGAAUUGUGAAAUGGUUUGAAGACAAACGUUCUGAAGAGGGGGUUCCUGACUCUCGGCGUCCAUAUCAACCGUCUGCUCCUACUACUGUCAACUAGAGAAUAUGUAAAUCAGGUACCUAUAUUUGUAAUGACAUGCGAUAAGAGUUUUUUAAGUAUUUAAGAGAAAUGGCCUGCUUUUAUUUUUGCUAAACUUACAAACAUGGAAAAGGGAUAAUCACCUUAAAAAAUAAUACCAAUAUAACAGUG